AAAGACGACGGAGCUGCUUCCGGCGUUAGUAACAGUCAGCGCAUGUUUUUGCAUGUUUUUCUUUUUACUGUAGUUGGAUGUAGAUAACUCAACGAAUCACCCCGCAACACGCAGUGAGACAGAGAGAGGUUGAGCCAUGAAUCCUGCUUUUCGAAAGAUGCAGGUUUCUGUCACACAACAGGCAUUUGUGUUAAAUCAAGCGCUGACAUUAUGCCGCGCCACACCAUCCAUCCGGCCUCCUGUUUGGGCUUCUGUAAAUGAAAGACAAUACAGAUCCAUGCCAACUCACGGGAUUGGAAGGUGGAGACACCUUUUACCUAAAGAAGCGCCAAAGAAAAAGAAAGACAAACACCAGAUGAAACAAAUCACGGCAGCGACGGAUACAGCGUACGGGACUCUGAAUGUGAAAGUGUCGGGUUAUGACAUGACAGUGGUGGAGCAUUACUCCCAGUACAUCCACAACCUCUGCAACCGGCUCGGCAUCAAAGUGGCGGAAAGCUAUGCUUUGCCAACCAAGAGCACAGAGGUCAUGCUGAUGCAAGAGCAAGGCACCAAGAUGUACGUUGAUGCCAUCCUGAAGACUCAUGAGCGAGUUGUCCAGUUGAGCAGUCUGAAUGCUGCACUGUGUCCUGUUUUCAUGGACGUUCUUUUAAAGAAUCAACCAGAGGGAGUUCAGCUCUCUGUGAACGAGCACACCGAGGCUGAUUUUCAAGCACGGUUCAAGGGCCGUCCAGAGCUGGAGGGGCUCAUCGCUCAGAUAAGCCAAUAGGACCUCAGACGUUACGCCUCAUUAGCAAGGAAUCCCUGUUUGAUGGUGUUUAUUUAUUCCUCAGUUGAGUGCUGUUAAAGGUGAUCAUUUGCAUUGAAAUAACUGUACACAUUCAUGACGUUUUUUGCCUCUUUUUUUCCAGUUUAAGACAUGUCAUAUUUAAAGCUUCAGUUCUGAUCCUUGAUUGUAAAUGUUAUGCACAAAAGUUAUAAAUACAUGCUUGUAUAUGAAAACUA